CUUGGUUCAAAACACAGACAUUUUAUUAACGCGAUCGAUCGAAUUUCAUGCUGAAUUUUUCCGCUUUCUCUCAAUCAUACUAUCGCUGAUUCGUCACUAACGAUGUCGGGAUUGAUCAGCGUUGGACGUGAAUCGCGUCUUCUGUUGGCCACCGCAACUCGUGCCGAUGCCAGAUACAUCAGUAAUCUUAAAGGCAAAGUGAUAGCGAUAAGGCGGGAGGACCAGUCGGUGUGGGAGAGGAGGGCGCCGUUAGCCCCGGCGAAUGUACGCCGUCUCGUCCGUUCGGGUGUGAAGGUGAUCGUGCAGCCGAGCAACCGGAGAGCGUAUCCGGCGCAAGCCUACCAGGCUGCUGGCGCGCUUCUGCAGGAGGACAUUAGCUCGGCCUCGGUGAUUUUCGGGGUGAAACAGGUGCCGGUGGACCAGCUGAUUCCCAACAAAACCUAUUGCCUCUUCUCGCACACCAUCAAGGCGCAGGAGAGCAAUAUGGCCCUCUUGGACGCUAUCCUGGAGAAGAACAUACGCCUGCUGGAUUACGAGAAGCUCACCGAUGCCAACGGCCAAAGAGUGGUGGCUUUUGGCAAAUACGCCGGGGUGGCCGGCAUGGUGAACAUACUGCACGGCUUAGGCCUCAGGCUGCUAGCUCUGGGCCAUCAUACACCCUUUAUGCACAUCGGACCGGCACACAACUAUCGAGACUCGGCAAUGGCGCGUCAAGCAAUUCGCGGCGCUGGAUAUGAGAUCGCGUUAGGCGCUAUGCCCAAGUCAAUCGGUCCGUUGACCUUUGUUUUCACGGGCAGCGGUAAUGUGAGUCAGGGCGGACAGGAAGUCUUCCAAGAGCUCCCCCAUGAAUACGUGCCGCCGGAGAUGCUGCGAAAAGUCGCCGAGCACGGCGAUACUACAAAAAUAUACGGUUGCGAGGUGCGACGCAGGCAUCAUCUGGAGAAGAAGGAGGGCGGCGGUUUCGACCCCGAAGAGUACGAGAAGCACCCGGAAUUGUACAUUUCCACUUUCAGCAAGAAAAUUGCACCGUACGCUUCGGUGAUCAUCAACGGUAUAUAUUGGGCGGUGGAUUCGCCAAAGCUGUUGACGAUACCAGAUGCCAAGUACUUGCUGAGACCCGCUCACACACCAUGGUUACCGAUAAGCGUCGGUGCGCCUGCCCUGCCGCACAGAAUGCUCGCUAUCUGCGACAUAUCCGCAGAUCCGGGCGGUAGCAUCGAAUUUAUGAACGAGUGCACAACGAUCGACACACCAUUUUGCUUGUACGACGCCGAUCGCAAUAAGGACACAAAGUCCUUUAAGGGCCCCGGAGUGCUAGUUUGUUCGAUCGAUAAUAUGCCCACGCAACUGCCAAAGGAAUCGACGGAUUUCUUCGGUAAUCUUCUGUAUCCGUAUGCUUUGGACAUUAUACGAUCGGAUGCUAAGAAGCCGCUUGAGGAACAUUGUUUCAAUCCUGCUGUGCACGGUGCCAUUAUUGCCUCCAAUGGAAACCUGACGCCUAAUUUCGAGUACAUCCAAGAACUCAGGCAACUGAACCAACGCAGCAAACACAAGGCUGACAACGGGGAGCCGCAGAGCAAAACGGUCGUCGUUCUCGGUGCGGGAUACGUUUCCGCACCCUUGGUCGAGUACUUGCACAGGGACAAAGAUGUAAAACUGCUGGUAGCGUCGCAAUUGAAGGACGAAGCGGACGCACUGGCCAAUCGAUUCCCAGGCGUGGAACCGGUCUACCUGAACGUGCUGGAUCGUUCAGACACGUUGCACGAUGUCGUGAAAUCGGCGAACGUGGUCGUGUCUCUACUGCCGUACUCGCUGCACCACGUCAUCGCCAAAGCUUGCAUCGAGACCCACACUCAUCUAGUGACGGCCAGUUACAUGAAUGACAACGUCAAGGCGUUGCAUCAAGAAGCACAGGAAGCUGGUGUUACUGUAUUAAACGAAAUCGGUCUGGAUCCGGGGAUCGAUCAUCUCCUAGCGCUCGAAUGUUUCGACGACGUGAGGCAGGCGGGUGGCAGGAUAGAAUCGUUUAUCUCGUGGUGCGGCGGUCUGCCUGCGCCGGAAUCUUCCUGUAAUCCUCUGAGAUACAAAUUUAGUUGGUCCCCGCGAGGUGCAUUGCUCAACACUUUGUCACCAGCAAAAUAUCUUCACGAAGGCCAGGAAGUAGAGAUCGCCGGGGGUGGCGAUCUCAUGUCCGCUGUACAGGAGUUGGACUUUCUUCCUGGCUUCGCCUUGGAAGGUUUCCCAAAUCGCGACAGCACCAUGUACAGAGAAUAUUACGGUAUACACAACGCAAGUACCGUGUUACGCGGUACACUCAGAUUUAAGGGAUUUUCAGAUACUGUAUUGGGCCUACAGUUGCUCGGCCUGAUCGACCCUGAUCCACAUCCGAGUUUACAUCCUAACGGACCUGAUAUCACCUGGCGAUUGCUGGUAUGCAACUUGCUCGGCCUAGCGAACGACAACAUCUUCUACGAGAAUCUGAAACAGAAAUUGGCGGAAAGGGUAAAUUCGUGGGAGCGAGUGGAAGCUAUCGAGGAACUAGGCCUUCUGGAAGAGGACCAUGUCCUGAAACUGAACACCCCGCUCGACACGCUCACGCAUUAUUUGUCGAAAAAAUUGUAUUACGAGAAGAACGAGCGCGAUCUUGUGAUAUUGAGACACGAAGUAGGUAUACGCUGGCAGGAUAACAAAAGAGAAUCCAGAGGUAUCAAUUUGGUGCUUUACGGAGACGCCACAGGACAUUCUGCGAUGGCACUAACCGUCGGCUACCCUGCGGCUAUUGCGGCUAAAAUGAUCCUGGAUGGCGAAAUUCAACAGCGAGGAAUGGUACUACCCUUCACGCCAGAUAUAUAUCGACCCAUUCUCAGUCGACUUAGAGCUGAAGGCAUAGAAUCCUUCGAGACGUCCAAAUGGUUAUGAAACAUCACCGUGAUGAUCGUUUAUUUGUGUUCCAUGGAAAAAAUAAGGAAAUUUUGUUCCUGAUAUUUUUCGCUAAACUUCUUCCAACAGUAUUGUUUUGUAUUAACUGUACAUGGACAUGUAUAUUUCAUAUAUAACUUUGUAUAAUUAUAUAUAGCCAUUUUUAUAUAUAUGAUUAUAUAUA